ACCUCCCCGAGCCGCCGCCGCCGCCGGGCUCAGCGCGAGCUCCGGAGCCCUUGUGCGCGAGGCGCGGAGCCCCCGGAGCCCCCGGACCGCAGCCACAUCCCUGCGUCGCGCGCCUCGGAGGUCCGGCCUGCGCGCCCCGCCGGGCCGGCGCGAUGCCCUCAGACCGGCCUUUCAAGCAGCGGCGAAGCUUUGCCGACCGCUGUAAAGAGGUGCAGCAGAUCCGCGAGCAGCACCCCAGCAAAAUCCCGGUGAUCAUCGAGCGCUACAAGGGUGAGAAGCAGCUGCCGGUCCUGGACAAGACCAAGUUCCUGGUCCCGGACCAUGUCAACAUGAGCGAGUUGGUCAAAAUCAUCCGGCGCCGCCUGCAGCUCAACCCUACUCAGGCCUUCUUCCUGCUGGUGAACCAGCACAGCAUGGUGAGCGUGUCCACGCCCAUCGCGGACAUCUACGAGCAGGAGAAGGACGAGGAUGGCUUCCUCUACAUGGUCUACGCCUCCCAGGAAACCUUCGGCUUCUGAGCCAGCAGCCCCUGCCUGUCUGCCCAUGUGCCCCUCCCUGACCUGAGGCGCUGCCCCUGCCUGGACCUGCCCACCCCUAAAGGACUGGCCCCGGGCUCACCUGGUCUUGAUGUGGUGUAUGGAUCUGUGGUCACUGUCCCUCUGCAGAAUAAAGAUUGCUCAGGCCUGCCUGGCC